AUGUCGUCGAGUGUACCAUACAAUCCCGGAGACUUUGAGGAUAACAAUCCCUUCACAUCGGUGCUUGAUAUCGCACCUGCUCCUCCGCUUGAGGACACGACGUCUGAGAAUGAAGGGGAGACACAAGCAGCACAAGCAGCACAAGCAGCACAAGGACUACCAAGUGGAGAAGAUAAGGAGACUGAGAUUGAAGAAGGUCAGUUGAGCGAGAUCGAGCUUAAACGGUUGAUUCCAGAAAGAUAUACCAAGAAAUAUCUGAUGAGUAUAGAGAUGAAGGCCAUUGAGAAGAACAAGCCUCAGAACCCUAUAUUAAGAUUUGAAGUUACGGUUAAAGGUUUGCCCAAAUAUCGUCAAGAGAAAUAUGUUAAUGUUCGUCGAACAUAUAAUGAAGUAGUCAAGUUCAAUAAGUAUUUAACUGUAUCGAAUUUGGAGGUCUUUGUUCCUGUACUCCCACUGAGUGUUACCUCUUAUCCACCUGGUAGUGAAGAUGAGACCAAGCAAUUGCUUAGUGUAUGGCAAGAAUGGUUUGAUACCAUUUCCCGGAAUCGCAUUCUUAUUCGGGACGAGGAGUUUUUAUAUUUUAUUGAGAGUGAUUUUGGGUAUUCCGUGAUAAACUCCAAUAAGAAGACACUGGUAGCCACGGGGUUAAUGAGAAAGACGUUAAAACAAUUGAGUGUACCAUAUGAUCCUUAUAAUGAGCUUUCAGAUUUCCGUCCACUAAUCAAAAACAUGUAUUUGGAAACACUGAAGUUAUACAAGAUUUUGGAUAGACACACCAAGCUGGAGAAACAAUUAUCCAUUCAAUUGUUUGAUUUAGGGAAUAAGCUUCUUAAUCUUUCACAGUUUGAAACAAUGCAUCCAGGAAUGAAGAAUCUAUGGGAGAAAUUAAGUAAGAUCACUCAUAUUCAAUCUGAUUUAUUUUUGAUAGAAUGUGUUACAGAUAUGGGUACUCUUGGAGAUGGGGCUCGGAAUAUGUCUGAAAACUUGUAUCAAAUAAAGGAAGCAUUAACCAAUCGUCAUUUGAUAAUGCGUGAGUUGAAUCAAGCUGAACAACAAACAAGAAGUAAACGAGCUCAAGCUAUUAAGAUCAAGAAUAGGGCAAGUUUAGACCCAAUAAAAGUAGAUGAAGCUUUACGAUCUUUGGAAUAUGCCACUAAAGCUGAAGAGUCGCUUAGUUUACAAGUGAAAAGAAUAUCUGGCGAGAUGAUCUUUGAAAAGGCAGAAAUAUUGGAGUCCACUGAAUUAAAGUUCCAAAAAUUGAUUAAGAAUUAUACUUUACAUAAAGUGGAUCAUCAUAGAAAGGUUUUAAAGCAUUUGGAAAGUAUCAGACUUGAUGUUCGAUUGGUUGAUGAUAAAGGAGGAUUAUCACGAUUAAAUCGAAAUAAUCUUAGUACUAUUAAACACAAUCUUCUUCAAUCGCAAUCAUCUUCUGGAGAUUCAUGGAGCUCCAGGUCAUUCCGAUCCUUAGCGGAAGAGAAACAACAACAGAGGCUUAAAGAGGAAUCAGGUAAAGAAAAUAAGCUUUUUCAAGAAGAUGAAGAGAUGGUUGAUCCUAAACGUGCAGCUCAUUUAUUAGGUGUUGCGACAUUUUGA